GGCAUUGACAAAAGAUCACGCAGUGAUGUCGCAGCAGAAAUAAGUGUAAAAAAAUGGUGAUCAGUGAUCGAUCGAGGUGGAGAAGUAGGAGUGCAGCUUCCAGAAAAGAUUGAUCAUGAUCUCGGUGGAAAUAUGAGAAAAGGUGGCCCCACGAAGAAUCCACAUCAUCACCCACAGCGAUCAUUGUCCAGUGACACAAAUAACCUCCGCGAAUUGCUAAUUCGAUCCAAAGUUAAGAAUCACAGCAGCACUCCUGUUCAACGACGCGUAUCCAUCUCCGGGAGUGAAUUACCUAUCAGUGAAUCGGAUGAGUGUGAAGCUCAGUGGUGCGGCGACGAAAUGACCGCAAAUGAGCUGUGCAGCGGAUUGACGUCAGCAAGUAUAUGGGCGCAGGGCCCGGGUGGGCCUGGGGCGGGUGUGGGAGGAUCGACUGUGACACACGGCGAUGUGCACAUGUGGGCUGAAGCGCGUCAGUGCCGGCAGCCUCGGCGACUGGUGGAGCUCGACAGUGGGGCAGAUAAGACAGUUGGUCGCAGUCACGGGAAGGCAUUGGAUGUGCGCGUUAGUUGCCGGAGUUCACUCAGCACUGGCGAAAGUGUUGAGCACCAAAGAGUCAGCAGAGGUACAGAGACUGACGGUGAUUUGAGUGAAACGGGAUCGAGUCGUCGACAGAGAAAGACCGUAGUCUACCGCAGAGAUUUCCCCAGUGCAAUAGACGAAGAAAAUUCCAGUGACACUAAAUACCCAUGCGUUGAGCGUCUCAUUCAGCUUUACACUGCAAUGAUUCACAAGAGACAAGAAGAAAUGAGUCCAGAGGUGCUUUUGCAAAACGCUAAUAAAAAAAGCGAAAAACCCUUAAAGGAUGUGGAAGGAUGUGAACGUGGAACACUCAACAUGAGCCCCUUCUCAGAUGAAGGAUGUUCCACGCAUCAGAGCCCCUAUUCCAGUGAUGAUGACGAGGUAAAGGGGAGAGGUAAAAGACGUGACAAAGUUGUGAGAUCAUCAAGCUCGGAUUCAGCACUCGGUCUCGAGGAUGAGCAUGAGCCACCAGUUAGCACGGUGAGACGAAUGACACUCACAGUGACGGACAUUCCUCUGCGACCAGCACUGCUACCACUAGCGGAGCCUGCAUUUCUCAAUUGUUGCGAGAAUCCUACCGUUGCCGUGUCUACUGAUGCUCCAGUGCACAAUGUGCCCAGCAAGAUGAUCCUGGAGGCGCAGGUUAUUGAAAUCCCCACGACAGGGGGUGAUGAUGCAACCUCCGAAACAUCCAUUUCUCGGCGUGAAUCUGCCCAGAGUUUCCUCAGUGAUGCCGAAGAGGGGCACACUGUGCGCUAUGUGAGGACACCAUCGGUGGUGGUGUCCGACUACUCCGAUGACAUCAUGUGUGGCAUCACCCUUGAGGAGAUUGAGUACUUCCGGAGACAGCAGAGAAGGCGCAGCAGUGGAGAUGGGGCCGAUGGGGAUGCUUAUUCCGACGUGAGUGCCGCCUCAUCGUGCAGCAAUCUCAACUACUGUGGCAGUCACAUCAGCACCCUCGAUGGAUGUGAGUACUCGUACAAUAGUGGUGGCUUAAUGAUGCCCGAACGCAAGAUCUCUGACUGCUCCACGUGCUCCACUGUCAGUGGGGAUGAGGAGGACACCUUCAGAACGCCGAAACAAAAUAAUAAAAAGGUGAGUGCCGAGGAUAGUGCAUAAAAUGUAUAAUGCCCUUAGAGAGAGAUUCAGUGUGGGGAUUUUCAAUCAUUCAGCGUGGGGUGAAGCCCCACGCAUCAUGUUGUCUCAAUAGCUCAUGAGUACCACUUUUUAUCCACCUACGCGGUCGCUCUCCUUGAUCGCCGCAAUCACCAUCCGUGGAUCGCAAUUUACUGCACUCCCAAUGUGUGACGUCAAUCCCAUUGUCUCCCAGCUCGUGCUAAUUUGCAAUUGAGACUCAACAACUUUAUGUUAUUUCCUUAUUUGCAGACUACCAGUAUGUGUGAAAAUUUUGUCCUCUUUUCUUUAUGACGAAGUAUUAUAUGAAUUUCUCUAAAAAUUUUUUUACAUAGAGCUGGAAAUCUAUUAGGAGAUAAAGUUAAUUUUAAAAUGAUUAGCAAAAUGAGCCAACAUUUGCCAAAUUUUAAUUCACAAGAAUAUCUUUCGUUUUCUUAAGGUCUUUGGGUCAUUUUUUUUUAAUUUGAAUUUUUUUAAAACUAUUUUUUUCAAGUUAUUAUACAUACAUAUUAGGCCUAAUUCAGCGACCAAGAAACUCUUGAAAUCUUUGAAUUUUGUACUGAAAUUUCAAGAUUUCAAGCGAAUUUCAAGGGUUUCUUUCUAACUAAAAAGAACUCUAAAACUAAUUCAUUUUUUAAUUCAUCAUAGGAAAAAAAUCUCUGAAAUCCAUUCUGGUAAAAAUAUUUUUUUAUCUUGAUUUUGGAUAAAAUCUUGAGUUUUAAUCUACAAUUCAUUUUGUAGUUUCUUACGAACUAUAUACGAUUCUUCAUCAUCAGGAAAUUAUUUUAUUUUCUAAUUAGACCUUCAUUACAUUUUCUUGUGUUAAUUUCCUAAUAACUGUGAGAAUUUUUUUAAACAAUGCACUGAAUAGUUAAAAAGAUACAGCAGUAUUUAAUAAAAAAAAAAAAUUAAUAAUAAUUUGAGAAAGAUUUUAUUUGAGGGAAAUAAAGAAAAAUAAAUGAAAUUCGCAUAGCAAUUAAAAAAGAGAUUGUGUGUAUGCCUGAAAUCUUUCAUCAUUCAGUCAAAAUUGCAUUUCUCAAAUUUACAGAAAAAGCAGUUUUCGCAUAUGGUUUUGCCUUAAAUAUUCAUUAAAGUUUUGUACAAUAAAAAGUAAAUUAUGAAAUCAUGUUGAAUUCAAAAUUUCUUUCCAGUGGGGUUUAAAAAGAAUAAUGAAGUUUAUUUGAUUUUUUGUACUUUCACUCUCACUUGAGCAAAAUUUUAAAAAUCCAUCAUUCAUAGGUAAAAUAGUUAUCAAAGAAAUUAAAAUUUAAAAUGCUAUGGAGGGUGAAAAAAUGCUGAUUUCACGGAAAUUAAUAACGCGCCAAGUUCAUUAGAAAUAUUAAAAAUUAAACAUGAAAAAUUAUUACCGAAUCAAUCCAUGUAAGUGGUGAAUUCAUUAAAUUCUUUCGUUUGAAUUUGCAUUAAUAUCGAUUUAUGCAAAAUAUGUAUAAGUAUACCUACAUUGAUGUCAAGAAAAGACAUUGAAAAAAAAAUUUAUAUUAAAAAUUGUAUAUUUCCCCAAAUAAUUAUAGCGCAUUUUAUAGAGAAGGUAAAAAGAAAUCCUUUGUUAAAAAAUAUAUGUGCUGGGAGAAUAAUUAAAAUAAUUUUAAUAUUUAAAUAGAAUAAUGUAAUGCAAAAGAAAAAAAUAUAUUUCUUAAGAUGGGCAGAAAGUGUGAUUUGAGAUUAAUAAAAAUAAAAUGUUAUAUGAAUUUUUAAUUGAGAAAUAAAUAAAAUAAUUUUACAAGAAAA